AUGUCCCUAAAUAACUUCUUUAAAAAGAAAUAGUAAUUAUAAAAAGAAAAGGAGGAGACUGAAAAGUAUGACACAUAAUAAAUAUUGCAGACAAUAGAAAAAAGUAGAAUAAGAAUAAAAGCGUAAUAUCCAAUCAGUGAAACUGAAAGCAAGAGCCUCUGAAAGAAUAGAAAAUUUUCAGGAGACUAUGUUAUCCAAAUAAUUUGUUGAAACUAUGAAAAAUGGUUCCUAUCCUUUAUUGUCUGUAAGCAAACACUCAUUUAGAGAUCGCGAAAAGGAAAAAGAAUUGGACAAAUUGGGUGGUAUUUAUUUGAAAACGUAACAUUUGCCUAAGAUUUCAUAGAUUUUAAGUGGCUAAAGACAGAGCAUCAACAGCUUAGAAGGAAUUUUUUUAAAGUCACCUCUCAACAGGAGAAUUCGAAUAGAAUCCUCCAAACAAUAAUUAUCAAAGAUGGCUACGGCCUCCUGACAUAUCGAAAUAAGAAAAACCGUUGAGAUUUGGUUUAGGGGAAAGGAGUGAAGUCUAAAGAUUGAAUAAGUAAAUUAAGAAUAUAAGUGCAUAAUUGGAUUUUGAAGUAUUCAUAGAUUGUACCUUAGAACAAAGACCUUAUUAUGUUAAAUUAUCCUAGUUGGAAGGACGAUGAAAAAUCUAAAUGGUUGGAUAACAAAACCUUCAAUAUUUAUCCUUGUCUCUAUGAAGGGCCAAAGAGUUAUAUACCAUGGAAACAACAUCCGAUCAAUUUGAAUAACCAAAAUAAUUAAUAUGUGGAGGGCUAUGAGAUUGUUGGGGAUCUUUCGAGAAAAAGAGAAAAAAACUAAGAAGUAUCAUUUAGCAUUAAGGGUUUAAGCAUAAAAGAAGUGAAUUUGUUCCCACAGUCAAAGAAGAUUAGUUUGGAACUACUAUUCACAUCUCUAGAUCCAUAAGAUCUAUGAAAUAGGAUAAAAUUUUAAAUAUGUAAUCUAAUUAUGAUGAAUAUUCCACAAAUAAGCAAAUUGAGUUCUAUAAAACCACCUUAUUAUAAACUAAAAGUAUAGAUCACAUCACUCCUCAUCAACAUAGCAAUAAGUAAUUUAAUAUACUAAAGUAGUUAUAAAGGUCAUUCUUUACAUAACUUAAGACCAUAAUAACCGUAUAAACUGUAUAGGCAAUCAAUAAAUUAUCUAAAUUAAAAAAUAGUCUCUAAAUAACCACCUGAAUAGCUACAAUAAAGUUCCUCUAAAAUCUAGGAAGAUUAAGCAAUAUAAUAAAAUCAAACUGCAGAAUUGUUCUUGCCAAAACAAAAACUAGCCUAAAUACAAGAAAUUCCUCAUGUGCAAAUUUCGAGUUAGCAGUCCAAUAAACCAUUUAGUAGAGAUACUUUAAACUCUUAAGGAGGAUCUAAGAGUAGAUUUAUGGAUUAAUAUAAUUCAAAGCGAUCUUAAUAAGUUGAGAUUAAAUUAGGUUAUCCUUACAGACUCGAGAAUGAUGAAACCACAGCUGAAAUAAUGGGAAAAUAUUUUAUUGAAGAAUAAAAUUGA